AUGAUAAUUGAUACAACCGAACUACAGGCUAUUAAUUCUUUUUUCAAAUUGGAAUCCCUAAAAGAAGUCUAUGGGAUCAUAUGGAUACUUAUCCCCAUUUUUACUCUUGUAUUAGGAAUCACAAUAGGUGUACUCGUGAUUGUUUGGUUAGAAAGAGAAAUAUCUGCAGGGAUACAACAACGUAUUGGACCUGAAUAUGCCGGCCCUUUAGGAAUUCUUCAAGCUCUAGCGGAUGGUACAAAACUACUUUUCAAAGAGAACCUUCUUCCAUCUAGGGGCGAUGCUCGUUUAUUCAGUAUUGGACCAUCCAUCGCAGUCAUAUCAAUUUUACUAAGUUAUUCAGUAAUUCCUUUUGGUUAUCGACUUGUUCUAGCCGAUCUUACUAUUGGUGUUUUUUUAUGGAUCGCCAUUUCAAGUAUUGCUCCCAUUGGACUUCUUAUGUCGGGAUAUGGAUCAAAUAAUAAAUAUUCCUUUUUAGGUGGUCUAAGGGCUGCUGCUCAAUCAAUUAGUUAUGAAAUACCAUUAACUCUAUGUGUAUUAUCAAUAUCUCUAUUAUCUAACAGUUCAAGUACAGUUGAUAUAGUUGAAGCGCAGUCAAAAUAUGGUUUUUGGGGAUGGAAUUUAUGGCGUCAACCUAUAGGAUUUAUCAUUUUUCUAAUUUCUUCUUUAGCCGAGUGUGAGAGAUUGCCUUUUGAUUUACCAGAAGCCGAAGAAGAAUUAGUAGCGGGUUACCAAACUGAAUAUUCAGGUAUCAAAUUUGGUUUAUUUUACGUUGCUUCGUAUCUAAAUCUACUGGUUUCUUCAUUAUUUGUAACAGUUCUUUACUUGGGAGGCUGGAAUCUUUCUAUUCCGUACAUAUUCGUUUCUGAGAUAUUUGACAUAAAUAAAGCGGGUAAAGUUUUUGGCCCAGUAAUUGGUAUCUUUAUUACAUUAGCUAAAACUUAUUUGUUCUUGUUCAUUCCUAUUGCAACAAGAUGGACUUUACCAAGGCUGAGAAUGGAUCAACUAUUAAAUCUUGGGUGGAAAUUUCUUUUACCUAUUUCUCUAGGUAAUCUAUUAUUAACAACUUCGUCCCAACUUCUUUCAUUGUAA